UAUCGUCCGAUUGCAUCAAUUAAAUGUCGCCACGCCUCUUUUUCUCCUUGCACACAGGCUCCUCUAAACUGGGGCAAGAAAGACGAGCCAGUAUACGUGACGGAGGAAUCCGGCGUCGUCGGCCUUAACUUCCACCAGAGCAAAGAGGCUCUGAUUUACGACUCGACCAAUGGAAUAGCGAAUCAUUAUGAUAUAAAUGGUAAGCCACUGCCAAAUGCAAAAGGCGGAUCUGUGCUGGAGUGUGACGAUUGCGGCAGUUUUACAGACUGCUAUAAUAUCACCAGUUUGGGCAAGAUGAAAGCGCUUUUGCAGAAAAACUUCUUACGCAUGUGGAGAAACGUCGGCGUGAUGCUGUUCAUCUGCUUACCGGUGAUGCAAGUGAUUCUCUUCUGCUUGGCGAUCGGAAGAGAUCCAACAGAUCUAAAACUAGCUAUAGUGAGAGAAAUGUUUUAUGAAAAUAUGUCAUGCCCUAUUGCGAAGGAUUGUAGCUUCUCGCAUCUUAGUUGUCGAUAUCUCAAUUUUCUGGAUAACGAUACGAUAAUAAAGGAAUAUUAUCGAGAUCCCAAUUCGGCAAUGGACGCCGUGAAAAAAGGAGAUGUUUGGGGCAUGUUGUACUUUACCGAAAACUUCACGGAUGCUCUCGUAGCGAGAAUGGCCUUAGGAAAAGAUUCUGAUGACGAAACUCUCGAUCAAAGUGAGAUCAGAGUUUGGCUGGACAUGUCCAAUCAACAAAUAGGCCUGAUGCUAGCGAGAGAUCUUCAAUAUUCGUAUCGAGAUUUUGCUAAGGAUCUUCUAACUUCCUGCGAUCAAAAUGCAAAAUUGGCCGAUGUACCAAUCCAGUUCAAGGAGCCCAUCUAUGGCGACAAUGACCCUAGCUUUACGGACUUUGUGGCACCAGGUGUAAUACUGACCAUUGUCUUCUUCUUGGCGGUCGCGCUGACGUCAUCGGCACUGAUCAUCGAGAGAAUGGAGGGUCUUCUGGACCGAAGCUGGGUGGCUGGCGUGUCACCUGCGGAGAUUUUGUUCUCCCACGUGAUCACGCAAUUCGUAGUGAUGUGUGGUCAGACGGCUCUGGUAUUAAUCUUCAUGAUUCUGGUAUUUAAUGUCGAAUGCAAAGGCGAAAUCGGCUGGGUCAUCAUACUGACGAUACUUCAAGGGCUAUGCGGCAUGUGCUUCGGGUUUGUAAUUUCAGCAAUUUGCGAACUCGAAAGGAAUGCUAUCCAGCUGGCUCUCGGAAGUUUCUAUCCUACACUUCUUCUCAGCGGUGUAAUAUGGCCUGUGGAGGGCAUGCCGACGUUCCUGCGAUACGUAUCGCAAGGUCUACCGCUGACUCUAGCAACAACCGCCCUACGUUCCAUGUUGACCCGUGGCUGGGGCAUCUCAGAAUCGAACGUCUACAACGGCUUCCUAUCCACCAUCAUCUGGAUUGUCGUAUUUCUCACGAUAAGUCUCGUGGUACUGAAGUUCAAGCGCGGAUAAUAACUCAAGGAACUCGCAUCCUCGCGUUCAGAUUGUAUUCGAUGUGCAGUGCUUAGCGAACAAUUUCUUUCCGCGAAGAAACAGAACGCGAGAGUGCUGAAUCGGGGAAGGAAGUGUUCCCGAAUGUUAAACGAAUUGCGUUCGACGGAUGCAAGACGGAUGUCGCGAACAAAUUGAUCUGGAUUGUGUCGAUCGGAAAUUUGUGUUUUCACACCUGGCACCGAAGCGAUCCUUAAGAAAAGUCUUCUUUUUAUUCGCACAUUAUACAAUAGAUAGUUAAAACUAAGAUAAGACAUAGUUAGGAAGUAUAUAGAAUUUUACAUCAAAAAAAUAUAAUUAAAUAAAUUUAAAUUAUAGCAAUGUCAAGCAAUGGUCGAGCAAUUGCUUUUUUUAUCACAUCACGAAAUUCUAUUAUCUUAGAAGAGUUCUCUCACUCUCUGCUUUAUAAAAAAAAAUGUCGGUCAGCAUUCAAAAAGCUUUCUAUAACUGCCGUUAUUACAAUGCAUAAAUCGACAUAUAUAUAUAUAUAUAUAUAUAUAUAUAUAUAUAAAUAUUUAUUUCUGUAUUCUCGAUCGGCUUCGAUUCCGGGUGUCGACGCGUUGCCGAUACGAUCUCGCAGCACUCUCCACGGUGAAUGAACCUCUGAUUCAUGUGAUUGCUCCUGUGUGCACUUAAUGCUUGUAAAACGCGCGUAUGUGUAUGCCUGAGCUGUGUGUAUGAUAUAAAUAGUGGGAAUAAAUAGUGUGCGCAAAACUGCCGCAUUUGCCUUGCGGGAGUGCGUUUGUCUACUUUUAGGAAAUCUGUCCCUAUUUUUAAUCAACAUCUGUAAAAAAAAAUAGCGUGAAUGCCCCCAGGGUUCUCUGUUUCCCUGUGAAUCUUCUCUCUGUCAAAAACGAUACAAAAAUCCAGUUGAGAGUAUAUAACAGAGAGCAGAUUUUUUCCUACGAAGUUGAACUCAUCUUCGGCUAAAAAUUAUACAGAAAAUAUUAACUAUAAAAUCGCUUACAAAGGAGCAAACUGACAAAGUAAAAUAUUGCAAGUAUGCGACGUUUUGUCGCAAAUUAUAUUACAAUAAAUCGGUAAAUAAUUCGAUAGAAAGUACGUAAAGGUAAAAAAGAAAGUGAAUAUACACUCUGCAUGUUGUACAGAAAACAUAUAAUAUUUUAUUCCCCUUUCUCGUGUGAUCGCGCGCAAUUUGUAUAUUCACAUCCGCAAAUAGAGUCGUUUACGUUGCAUCGCGGAUGGUAGAGCUGGAGCUCGCUGAACCGCAUGCAAUCAUCUCACUGAUCGUAACCGUCGGGUUAAUACCUCCAGAAUACGAUCAAAAAUAAUACCAGUAACACAUUAUAAUAUAAAUUAUCGAGCAACAAACACGACACCUCCUAGUCCAACCUAGGUUCAAUAAUAAAGAUGCAUAUUUGCAUAAAUAGCAAUAUUUUUUACUCGUAGAUCUUCUCUAUUUUAGAGCAGCUAUCUCUGUCAACUGACUUUUUUUUGCUGUUUUCUCUCUAUACAUUCACUAUACGAUUGCAUAGAAUGCAUAAAAUGAGACAAAGGCAACAGAAAAUUUCAGAAUAAAGAGUUAGCUUAAUCUCGAUGACCCUAAAAUAGAGAUUUUUACAAUACAUACAAAAAGCUAUACUGUAAAAAUAAUCGUAUUCUUGAUGGUAUUAUCGGGUAUAGUAUACCUCUACAAAGCCAUACGAAAAUUUGGCACGAUGGAGGAAACCUGGUAAAAUAUCGACCCCAAAUUAAAACGGAAUCGUGUGCAGUUGAGGCACAUAAAUUUAUAAGUUAUAAUAUAGAUAAUAUAAUAUAGUUUAUUAAAUCAUAGCGCAGUUUUACUUGCCCAUGACUUAAAUACAUAUCUUUUAUUUAACUAUCAUAACGAGAUCGCAGAAGAAAUGAAAAGGAAAUGUCGCGUGAUCAGUGAGUAUUCCAUUUUAUUUCUUGUAUUAUUUUAUAUUGUAAUAUAACGAAAUUUGUCGUAAUGUAACGAAAUAUAACGAAAUACAAUACGACACGUUAUAUUUUACUUAUGAUAAAUUUCGUUACAUAAAGUAAAACGGAUUACUCCUUGACGCGACAUGAUUAUCAUUUUUUUUCCUUCCGCUUCCGCGAUCUCGUUAUUUUUUACUAAUGAAUGAAUUUACGAUGUUUCUGCGCAUGAACACAAGAACAGCAUCAAAAUUGAUUAAAAUUAUGUAAUAUACGAACAAAUCGUUAGAUACAUGGUGACGUAUAUAAUUCGUGUGAUUGCAAAUCUAGGUGUAUACAUAUAUAAAUAUAUUUUUUUAAUAUGUAAAAAUUUUAAUGUCGAAUUUUAAUACACUUUAUGUAUAGAUAAAUCAUAAUAAUCUUCGCUUGUAAAAUACAAUUUUACGUGUAAAUCUUUGUUCGUUUGUUGUCAAAGAGAAAUAUUGCGCCAUCGAGCAUUCGUCGACGACAAAGAAGAAAAAAAUUGUCCGAUAGUCAACGAAAAUAUGUGACGCAAAGGCAAAGCUUGAAAACACGUGUAUAAAAAAUGUAUAUUUAUUUUACUUACAUAAACAAAAUUGGGAAAGUUUCAA